CAGGAGCAGAUCAGUUCGGUGUUUGGUAGCAGAGAGGACGGUUCAGAGGAUAUUAGAAGACAACAAUAGAGACGUAAAAGCAGGCAUUCGACUUGCUGCUGGGCCCGAAGAUACACACACUUAAAUUUUCUGUGUCCAAAUAAAUUGAGUGCAACCAAAGCUGUGCUUGGACCCAGGUUAGUGUGAUAAAUAUGGGAGACCAUCGAUCAGUUCAGCCUCUCCUGGUGAUGCUGCUGCUCCUCAUGCUCCUCACCAGGCUGUCACAGCUGUGGGCCUUUCCCUUCAGCCCAUCCUUGGAACUGGAUGUCACUCCCAGGACCACUAUUUUCUCCAAAGGUUUGUUAGGAAGCGCACGUUUCACUGGCUCAUCCCAGAACUACAGCACCCUGCUACUGGAAGAGGAGGCUGGUCUGCUGUAUGUGGGAGGCAGAGGGACUUUAUAUGCCCUCAGCACCGCCAACAUCUCCACACCUGUAAACCUUAAAAUUGAUUGGGAAGCUUCCCCUGAGCAGAGGAAGCAGUGCCUGAACAAAGGCAGAAACAAUCAGACAGAGUGUUACAACCACAUCCGCUUUCUGCAGCGAUACAAUGAGACUCAUCUGUACGUCUGUGGAACCAAUGCCUUCAGACCUCUUUGUGCUUAUAUAGAUGCAGAGAGGUUCAACUUCUCAUCGGGUUUUGAGGAGGGCAGAGACAGAUGUCCAUAUGACCCAGCAAAGGGAUACACUGGACUCCUUGUUGAUGGCGAGAUGUUCACAGCUUCUCAGUAUGAGUUUCGCAGUUCAACAGACAUCCGCAGAAACUUCCCCUUCCCCACUCUAAGGACAGAAGAAGCCCCCACCCGAUGGCUUUUGGAGGCAGACUUUGUAGGCUCCGUACUGCUGAAGGAAAGCGUCAACAGCUCUAUUGGCGACGAUGACAAGAUUUACUUCUUCUUCACUGAGAGAAGCCAAGAGCAGUUUGCCUACCCGAGCCAGACCAAGGUGUCAAGAGUUGCCCGAGUCUGCAAGACUGACUGGGGUGGCCAAAGGACUUUGCAAAAGAAGUGGACCACCUUCCUCAAAGCCAGAAUGGUGUGUUCAGUCCCGGAAUAUGAGCUGCACUUCAAUAUCCUGCGUGAUGUGUUUGUUCUGCAGGGCCAAAAUGCUCAGAGCAGCAUUUUCUUUGGUGUCUUUGGUCUAGAAUGGAAGAAUAUCAAAGCAUCUGCUAUCUGCCAGUAUGCGUUCUCAGAUAUACAUAAGGUUUUUGAAGGGCCGUACUUAGAGGUGCAGGAAUCAAAGUGGAGGGAAUACACUGGAAAAGUUCCAGAGCCAAGACCUGGAUCUUGUAUAACAGAUCUACACAGGUCCCAGGGUAUCAACUCAUCUCGAGACCUCCCAGACAAUGUUCUGACUUUUGCCAGAAGGCACCCACUGAUGGCCAACCAGGUGCAACCAGUAGGCAUGCGCCCACUCAUGUUCAAGAGGAGUGUCAACUAUGUCAAGAUUGCUGUGCACAAGGAGCCAGCGCUUGAUGGAAACAUUUACACUGUUCUGUUUUUGGGAACAGAUGAUGGUUGGUUGCACAGAGCUGUAGACAUUGAUGGAGAAAUGCAUAUCAUAGAGGAGCUGCAGAUGUUUGACAAACAGCAACCGAUAGAGAGCAUGGUCAUAUCUUCAGCUCAGAGGAGUAUCUAUGUUGGUUCCCACUCUGGACUUGUUCAGGUCCCGAUGUCAACCUGUCAGAGGUACACUUCCUGUUACAACUGUGUUUUUGCCAGAGACCCCUUCUGUGGCUGGGAUGGAAGAGUGUGUGUGGAAAUAUCUUUACGUGCACAGAGGUCAAACCUAACCCAGGACAUCAGGAGAGGCAUCAGGGGAUGUAAGGAGAAUUCAGGAAACGUGAUACAUAGGAGACGUGCUGUGAUGUCUGGUGAUGAUGUACUACUCCAGUGCGAGCUACGUUCUAACCUGGCGACUCCACGCUGGACGCUAAAUGGCAAGGAGCUCCAGGGAUACGGCCUCAAUUCAGGCUAUCGCAUCGGCACAGAUGGCCUGCUCAUAAUCGGAGCUCGCACCCAACAGAGUGGCUUGUAUCGCUGCUUUGCUGUGGAGAACUCUGUCUCCGUCCUGGUUUAUCUUUACACAGUUAAGGUUCACACAGACCCGUACUUCCCUGCAGAGCCCACAGUCACAACUAACCCCACAAUGUCCUCCAGCCCGACUGUUUUCUCCACCAGCAGUCCCACAGAGGAGUCUUUGUCCUCUCCUCCUGCCCCUCUGCCUCCAGGAGCUGAGUUCCAGACCUACAGGCACAUGGAGGCUGUGUAUAUCUCGUUGGUGGCGAUUCUGGGAGGACUUUGCUUGGUGUUGACUGUGGUCCUUCUUUAUGUGAGCUUCUGCACAAGACGGGCCGCCCAGAGCCGGAAGUUCUCCCAGCAGGGUUUGCAGGUCCUGGGGGCCUCUGAGAGAAAAAGGAGUUCUCAUUUCGAGCUUAAAACCAUCUCAAGUCAUUACAACGGCCGGCAGGGUCGUCGGUCCAUCUCAGUUCCAACCUUUGGGGACAUUAGCGACAGCUUCUUUCAGAUAGUUCCAGGAGACGGCCAAAUGUCUCCUGAUAAAACACCUCCACCAGCUCCUCCUCUGCCUAUGCCACCUCCACUUCCAAACAUGGAUUACGCUAACGGGCUGUCGGCCACUCUGCCCAGCGUGCUGAGGAAGAUGAACGGGAACAGCUAUGUGCUGCUGAGGCAGGCCGACGCUGAGGGCAUGUCACCCCUCUACCAUUCAUUCACAGAGGAGCUCAACAGGAUUCUGGAGAAGAGGAAACACACACAGCUGGACCUACAACCUGAUGAGAGCUCCAUCUAGGAUGCCCACCUCAGUCUUUGUCUCAUAGUUAUUCAUUUGUAAUCCAACUGUGACUGGUAGUUGUGGGAUAAACUGAAAUGCUGCUGUAAUUUCCCCAGUGUCAAAGUACCUGCAGGUUGUGUUCUAACUUGAUAUGAAAUGUGCAGCCUUCUUUGUGCAACAAAAAAGUGUCCCAUGCUUUCACCUCAGUGAUGGACAAGACUAACCACACUGCAAUCUGAAAAGUGGCGCCGUGAAAAAUGUGUCCAUAGACUACACAAAUAGCACCUGGGAGCUUUGUGAUGCUACCUCAGUGUAGAAUCUCUGCAGAUUGAGAAAGAUGGUGGUCAGAUAGUGCACAAAAAUACAAAAUGAGGCAUUAGUGAAAAAUGCAGUCAGGCAGGUAGGUCGUUUUUUUCACCUGUGUAGGUGUUUGAGAAAUUAGCACCAUGUAAUAUUAUCUUUUAUGGAGCUUUGAAGUGACACUCUUCCCAAAAAGUAUAUUAUGAGAAUUGAUGUCUUACCCAUUAUCUAAAGGUCCACAACCUGAGAACUUGAGAGUCCAGCCUUAUGUAUAAAGAUGCUCCCAUUUGUCCCUUGUGAGUGUGUUUGUGGACUGCACAGAUCUGGAUAGCAAGCACUUCUAAUAGAAUGAUAAACAUAGCAGCAGAUGGAUAGUAAAGAUUAUAGAUUUGUAAAAUUUUUGCUUGAAUUGGAUUGCAUUAAUGUUUAGGUUUUUCUCUAAAUGCACUUUUUUAUAUUAAACUGACUGCUACAAGACCUCUUAUAAUAAUGUCUUUUUAAACAACCUUAAAAAGGAAGUAGUAUGUACUGUAUGUUUGCAAAAGACUCUACAAUCUCAUGUCUGGGUUUUUCUAGAUGGAAGAUCAUGCAAAAACUCCUGAAGUUGUAUGUAAUAUUUGAAAUAUUAUUUAUAUACAUGCUUAUUUAACAGGGACAAAUGCAUAAAAGAUUACUUCAUGAAAUCAUGUAAAAUAAAUGGCAUGCAUACAGCA